AAAGACCGAUACUUGGGCUCCCGUAUCUACGAGGAACCUAGCGUUCGUGUGAUGGUCACGUACGAAAAGUUGGGCUCCCGUAUCUACGAGGAACCUAGCGUUCGUAUGAUGGUCACGUACGAAAAACAGCUCCGUAUCUACGAGGAACCUAGCGUUCGUAUGAUGGUCACGUACGAAAAACAGACGGCCAACCUGAGGGGCGGGUCGGGCAUCCUGCAACUGCGAGUUCCUGGUCCAUGGCUACGAUGGAAUCAGCAGUAA